AUGAGGGCUAACGCACACGGAAAUUCUAACGAGGAACAUGAAUACAAAGAUGGAGAAGAUGAGACCAUCAUCACAACUGAUAAGUCAAAAAUUCAACAAAUGAAUAUCAUUGAUUCAACUGCUUUAGAUUUGCCAACCGAGAAAUUAUUAGUAACAAAUAACAGUGGCCUGGAAUCAAAAAUAAAUAUUACUACACCGGAUGUCAAAAUCAAUAGUAACGAUAAAGUGCUCCCAAAUACUGAAGCCAGAAAUACUUUAAGCAAUGAAAAAUGUUCAUCCAUUACUAUACUUCAACAGAACAUCAAUACUGUAAAUGAAUCAAAGUCUAUGCUUGCAGAUGCUAAGGUUCCUUCUAAAGCUGAAAAUAAGGAAACUGUUGACAAAAAUUGUGAAGCUAUAAGUAAACAAUUAUCAAACACAACAGAUUUAUCAAAUCGUACUUCACUAAAUAAAUUAAAACUUCCUGAGAGGUAUGUUUAUCAUUUUUCUUCCAAGCGUUCAAGGUUUGUGUAUCCACCACCUUAUCCCAGUACGCCACCACAUAAUACUCAACCGUGGUGGAAAGAAGUGCCAUCCAAACCUAAUAUGAAGAUUGUAACUUCAGGAAAUACGGUGACAAUUACUUUUAACUUAAGGUUGACUGAGCAUGUAGCAAAAAUCAAAAUGUAUGAACUCUUUGCCUGCCAACAGACAAAUAAAUAUCCAUGCUCGUCAAUGUGGAAAAAGGUUAGCAAAAUUGAACCACUAAUAUUGCCUAUGGGUUUAGAACUAGAAAUGUUUGCUUUAGGAUAUGUAUACCAUUUUGCUCUGAGAGCGGUAGAUGUCCAUGGUAGAUGUGGACCAUUUGCUAAAAUAAAAACAUAUGUUUAG